AUGUCAAUCUGCAGAGAAUUGUAUCUGGCGCAGGACGAUCUACCCUACGAGGAAGAGCUGUUGCGGAAACCCUUCAGUCUCAAGCUAUGGUGGUGCUACCUAGUGGCGCGUCGAGAAGCUCCGUUCGAGAAGCGUAAAGGGAUAUACGAGAGGGCGCUCAACGCUUUGCCUGGAAGUUACAAGCUGUGGUAUGCCUAUCUCACCGAACUUCUCAAUUUCGUUAGAACCCUAAACGUUCCCAUUACCGACGAUGCGGCUGAGCAGUUGGGUUCGAUUUUGAAUGAUGACCAGUUUUGUUCGUCCAAAGGCAAAACGAAGCACGAGUUGUGGCUUGAGUUCUGCGAUUUGGUAACCAGGCAUGCCAAAGAGGUAUCAGGGAUCGAUGUGGAUGCUAUAAUCAGAGGUGGGAUUCACAAGUUUACAGAUGAAGUUGGCAGGCUGUGGACAUCUCUGGCUUGUUAUUAUAUUAGAAAGGGAUUGUUUGACAAGGCGAGAGAUGUUUUCGAGGAGGGCAUGUGUACUGUAAUCACUGUGAGGGAUUUCAGUGUGAUUUUCGAUGCGUAUGUUGAGUUUGAGCAAGGCAUGGCUGAUUGUAUGAUGGAGGAGGAUUUGGAUUCGGAGUCUACUGAAGAUGAUGGUCAGGAGAAGAGUGAUUUGGAAGUGGGUAUUCGAUCGGAUAUCACCAAUUCAAAGUUCGAGGAGAAGUUACUCUCUGGCUUUUGGUUAGAUGAUGAUAAAGUUGCGGAUUUGCUGAUGGCUCGAUUGGACAAUCUAAUUGUCAGAAGGCCUGAAUUGAUUAAUACUGUCUCCCUGAGGCAAAAUCCCCACCAUGUGGGACAAUGGCACCUUGGGGUGAAGCUGUUUAUGGGUGAUCUGGGUAAGCAGAUAUCAACAUAUACUGAGGCUGUAAGAACGGUUGACCCCAUGAAAGCAGUUGGAGAGCCUCACACUCUUUGGGUUGCUUUUGCUAAGCUGUAUGAAGAACAUAAUGAUCUUGCCAAAGCCAGAGUGAUUUUUGAUAAGGCUGUGCAGGUAGAUUACAAGACUGUUGAUAAUUUGGCUAGCGUGUGGUGUGAGUGGGCAGAGAUGGAAAUCAGACACAAGAAUUUCAAAGCUGCUUUGGAGCUUCUAAGGCGGGCAACAGCAGAGCCAUCAGUUGAGGUCCAACGAAGGGUGGCUGCUGCUGCUUGGAACAAAGAACCAGUCCAGAUGAAGCUGCACAAGUCCUUGAGAGUCUGGUCUCUCUAUGUCGAUCUAGAGGAAAGCCUAGGUACAUUAGAGUCGACUCGUGCUGUAUAUGAGCGAAUGUUGGACCUAAGAAUCGCCACUCCACUAAUCAUAAUCAACUACGCAUGCCUUCUAGAGGAUAAUAAAUACUUCGAAGAUGCAUUCAAGGUGUAUGAGAGAGGAGUAAAAAUAUUUAACUACCCACAUAUGAGGGACAUAUGGGUGACAUAUCUGUCCAAGUUUGUGAAGAGAUAUGGCAAGACGAAGCUGGAACGAGCUAGAGAGCUGUUCGAACGUGCCUGUCAAAUGACUCCUGCAGACUGUGUGAAACCUUUGUAUCUUCAAUAUGCGAAGCUGGAGGAGGAUUAUGGUUUGGUGAAGCGAGCUAUGAAGGUUUACGAUCAAGCCACCAAGGCAGUCCCGAGUAAUGAGAAGCUGGAUAUGUAUGAAAUCUACAUUGCCCGCUCUGCUGAGAUGUUUGGUGCCUCAAGGACGCGAGAGAUAUAUCAACAAGCAAUAGAAUCUGGGCUCCCGGAAAAGGAUGUAAAGAAAAUGUGCCUCCGGUAUGCUGAGCUAGAGAAGAAGUUGGGAGAAUUGGACAGAGCACGAGGAAUUUAUGGAUAUGCAUCCCAGUUUGCCCACCCGGUAUCUGAUCAAGAUUUAUGGAAAAAGUGGCAUGACUUUGAGCGCAAGGAUCAAUCGAUGAGCAUCUACGAUGCAAAAGACAGGUCGAAACUAGCUAGGGUAACCGAGGAUUGCAUGGCUGCUCUCGAGAAACUUGGGUUUGUAAGCGCUGGAGUGCAGACACAGGCUGAUGGCAGGGAUUGGUUAGAAAGAGGGAUGAUGAUGCAGAGGAAGGUGGUUGUGGCGAUUGCGAUGGUGAUGCUCCGUCGAACUGUGAAAGCCAGCGGCUUGAUGCUCUAG